ACGCCUUUAAGGUGUUCAACACAUGCAUCGAAACGUCCCACGCAUCGCGCGUGGUUUCUGUAGGAAGUUGAGUUCUUUUCGCGCAUCUUACGCGUUUUCCUGAAGGAAAAUGGCUACCAGCUGUCAUUUAAUCGGAAAGUGUGGCUUGUAAAGUGACAUAAGAUUCUGUGAAAAAUCAUUUAUCGUAUACAAGACCGUCUGGCGCGAUGCAAUUACAUAACGUUGAAAUCGUUUAGUAGAUCGACGCCACUUUUCAUCUACAUGCGGAACCCGUGAAACCUUCCACAGUGCCAUGAAAUUCUAUUCCGCUCUACUGUUUACAGUUUUUAUUUUUCGCCAAACGUAUCAGGACUAAUGCGUUAACGCUACUUCCACAUUUUUUCAAUAAUUUUAAUAACUUGACGGCCGCUUUUCGAUCAUCGCUAAUAAUUUCACUGCGCUACGUAUUAAGGGCCGCAGAUCUUUUGACCUCACUCACGUUAUUAUUUUGGGAGUGCAUUAAUUGCAAAUACGAAAACCAGUAUGGGUUCCAGUCAACAAUUCUCUCUUAGGUGGAAUAAUUAUUUGAAACACAUUACCUGUGCGUUUGAUACAUUAAGGACAGAAGAGGAUCUCGUUGAUGUAACUUUAAGCUGUGAGGGAAAAAGAAUAAGAGCACACAAAAUGCUCUUAUCUGCAUGUAGUACAUAUUUCAGAGAUUUAUUUAAGGAAAAUCCAUGUCAGCAUCCUGUUAUAAUAUUUCGUAACGUGAAAUUUGAUGAUUUAGCUGCAUUAGUUGAUUUUAUGUAUCAGGGUGAAGUGAAUGUAGUUCAAGAGCAGUUAGCAAGUUUUUUAACAACUGCUGAAUUAUUAGCUGUUCAAGGUCUUACAGAUGGUACAGGAAAAGAUAAUGAUAGUUUAGUAGAGGACGACAUAGAACUUCCUAAUGAACCUGAAAUUCAACUUCAAAAUGCUGCUAGCAAAGCAACAGAUAGUAAAAGAAACAAAUCACCCUCAUCGCCGAUGCCUUACCAUGCCGUUGAUUUACAACCCGAUGCUCCACCGAGCAAAAGACGAAAAUGUAGAGAAAAUGCAAAUACAAAUGCAGAUAAGACCGUGGGUAAUGCUUUAUCUACGAAAGAGUCUGAAAAUAAAUUGUCAGAAAAUCAGUCGACGACCGGAUCGGAUCCUGUUGAAAUAAUUCCUCUGAUGCCAAAUUUGAAGUUGGAAAUGCCUGAGUAUUUAGUACAAGAUGGAAGUAGCUGUAGUUACGAAGAACAAAGUCUAGGAGACAGUUCGCUAAAUAAAAUGGGUAUAGAAGAUACAUCUUCUAACACGCCGGAGCACGAUCAGAAACCUGAUAUCAGUCAAACGUUCUAUUCAAGUAAUCAGUCCACUUCGGAUAGUAUGGAUCUCAAACAUCAGUCGGCGGAUGUUGGCCACUUACUUUCAAAACCUAGUACAUCUGGAGAAAGGUUAACGCAAGAAGCAGUACAGGGGGGGGUGGGACGCAAUCGGAAGCAUGUUGGCGAUACAACUGGUCAAGUGGUGAUGCAGGGUCCAGGGCGUUUUUCGUGCAGACUCUGCGGAAGCGUUUACAAGCACCUUGCUUCGCUGACCCAGCACCUCGAAGUGCAUCGCAACCAGACAACCUGCAUCCUAUGUCACACCACUCUCAGUCGUAGAACCGACCUGCGACGUCACAUGCGUUUGAAACAUAACAUGCAAUGGCAAAAAACGAUCCAGAAGCAGCGCAGCUCGAAAAACGAAUUGGACUCGUAGAGAUUCUUUACCACGCCGAGAGAAACAUUGCUUCUCGCUCCGCCCUGGUUCCCUUACGUUCUUUUCAUUUCUAUCUCCUAUAAAAUAUUUUUUGCCUCGAUUCAAAAAGAUCGUUCAAUCUUUUCCAUUGGUAUCUACAAUUUAUUUAUCUUCUUUUUCAUUUAUUUUUCUCUCCCCCUCCUCCUCGUUACAUCGUACACGUCUAUUUAUUUCCUUACUUUCCGUGUUUGCCAUUCAGCAGUUUACCGAUGUCGAUCUUCUUUCUCCUUUGGUAAGUGCGCUUUUAUCGAGCCAUCUUCGAUCUACUUAAAAAGAAAACAUCGACACAACGUUUCGUACACUUUGUACACAGUGAGAUACGAGCUAAUUGACACACGUUCAUCGCGUCUACAGUAUUAGAAACGAGGCAGGAAUCUAAAGAAUCUCUCGCGUACUCCUUCAUAGUUAUCGCAUAGAAUUCGUUCCCGCUACCCGCGAUUUUUAUAGCGUUAAGCUUAACAUGUAAAACUGCGACUCCGUGGACAGUAACAUGGGACUUUAUAAUUUAUUAUUAUCGUUUUCGAUCUCACUUUCAUUGCCAGUGUCUACCAGAUCUCUUACGUUCCCCGUAAUCGUUACACUAUACUCACCGUAGUAAGACAGAAGUAUAUUUUUCCAUCGAAAACCAAGAAUCUUGUCACAAACAACAAACGAUCAAUUUUACUUUUUAGUUUUUUAACUCGAUUAAGACGACGCGUCAUUUCUCGUUGCCACGUUGCUUUCAAUGUUGUGGUAAGAAAUCGAAAAGAUCAUCUAUUAUUUUUGUUUAAUUCUUGUUCGAUGUCUACAAGUAACAAUAAAACGACAAAACGUCUCCUUUCCGUGUAAGGAUUCUAGUCAUUGCUGUACAGUACUUUAAGUGGUCGUUAAACUUGUCUCGUCUGUUGCUCUUGUUGUAAUCGUUAAGUGGCAUCGACCGUACCGUGGAUCUCUGUUACGCGUCCAGAUGUUACCGUUCGCAAAAAUCAUUAGAAGAGAUCGAUGAUUACGCUGUUGCUACCGAUCAGCCGCAAACUUGUAUUUAUGCAUUAGUUGACAGGAUGAUAGAAUAUUAUAAAAUGCAAACAUGUACAGUGUUCGACUGUAAUUAUGGUACAUUCGGGGACGAAAGCGAGAACUUGACAAUUCCACUAGUAAGUACCUUUACCGAUUUUCUUUUUUAACGCAACCACCAUGACUUAUCCGAAAUGACCACCGAUUGUACCAUCGUUACGAGCGCAAUUACUGUACCUUUUAUAUCACGAAUAGGAAAAAUAAUGAAAAUCGCAGUGUUUCGAGGCGAAUGAUGAGCGACGAUAAAAUCGAAUCAUUGUGAACGAUUCGAAUCGAAUGGAAAACGAAGUUCCACCAGUUACACUGACUCUGUUUACACGUCUGUUGUUCGCGUGCUCGAUUUUUUCGUUGCGAUCAAGAUGAAACCUUAGCUACUUCGAUGGAACGCAUAGACAGUGCCUUACACACAACUAUCUGUAUAGUUUUACAGUUUACAUAUUAACUUUUCCAGAUGUUUACCACAGUUGACAGAGACUAUAAGAGAGUUAUAAAGAGAAUCAACAGUUUUUCAUUACUUUCGCCAGUGGCUUCGUGUAAACAUUGUCUCUGUACAGAUUUCAAGAGAGAAAAAAAAUAAAAAAAAGAGCUACGAUCAUGCGUAACGCGAGUAACACUCGCCUCACCCAAAGUCUGUACCAUUUCAAUUGAAUUACGAUUUCAAACUUGCGCCACCGAUGCAUUUUGCGAAACGAUCUCGCGCGAGUUUCAACACCUUCGUUCCGUGUCGUUACGGUAGCGAUUGAUUAAGAAAAGAAAAAAAAAAAAGAAAAAAAAAGAUGAACAUUUGCAUAUUGCGCAUUGUGUAUCGUUUUAUUACGAAUUAGUUGGAUGCCAGUAAUCAAUAUUGUUCGAGAAUCGUACUCUGUAAGGUCUAUAAAUUCUACGUAAUCUCAGUAAAUAGAUUGUAUUUAAGAAAAUGUCUAAAAAGAUAAUUAUGAUUAAGCAAACGGAAAAUUAAUCGAUAAUGUUAUAGAAAUACAUUAACGUAAUGAAGUUUAUUGCGACAUUUUAUGAUUGAAAAAAAAAAUUUUGAAAGAAGAGUUCGAUUUUUCUUUUCAAGUGAGAUACUAUGAAACUUUGCUUGCUGUUUGCGAGAUAUACAGGUAUUCCGUUUCGAUUAGUUAACGAAUAUGAAAUUAUACGAUUUCGAAACGAAAGAACGCGUUUAUGCACAAUGAAGAUGCACUUAAUUCGUAGUGACGUAGUUUUAAACGUAGAUACUCGCUGUUGAGAAUCGCACGAAGCUUCAAAGAAAAUGAAAAGAAAAGAAAAAAAAAAGUAAUCAAGGGUACUUGCUAAGCAAACGAUCAGGAUAAACGCGUUUAAUUAAACUUUAAGCGAAACAUGUACUUCAUUUCGUUGCGAUGCGUUUCUUUCUCUUAUAAUUAGUCGAUAAGAUUAUUAGGACCGUGUGAAUUUGUACGAUGUAUCGCACGAUAGAUUUACUAAAUCUUAAAAAAAAAAAAAAUUAAUAAAAAC